ACCGCGUUGCUUCACCGGUCUCGCUCGCUGCAAUGUGGCGGAUACCGCUGCGACGGGCCGCCCUGCGCGUGCUGGAGCACACGUUGCCGGUCCCAAGUCGUGCUCCAGGAUCCACCCAGGUCACGAGUCCACAGGCGUUUACCUCACCGAUGCAGCUGCGUGAGCCUGUCUCUGCCCGUUCGGCGCGCCGGCGCCGUUUCGCACGACUCGCCUCCUCUUCGUCCGGUUCCGGCAGCUCCGGCGGUCCCGGCGGCCCCGGCGGCCUCAGUGGCCCACGUCCCAGCAGCUUGCCUCAUUCUGGCACCAAGGCUACGGGGCCAACCUCGGGUGCAGGUGGGGCAGCGGGUGCAACCGGGGCACACAUACCCAACGCGGACAGCGUUCGCGAGGCUGCUCGCGUCACACUGGCCCGCUACAUGGAGAUGGAAGAUUACAUGCGCUGGCAUGGGUACAAUACAUUGCGCAUUCUUGGCGGCAUCCUGGCUUCUGCGGGCCUGCUCAUGUACUUUUAUCGUGAACCUAUCCGAGCUAGUGUGUCCGACGAGGUGGCGGGCGUGACGCGGCGCUCCCUCGAGAACAAGGAGGUCGUGGAGCAGGCCAACGAGUUGACCAAAGAGGUCCUCCAACGCCUACUCACCGACCCGCGCAUCGCAGAAAAUGCCAGCACCUUUUUGCAAGAACUUUUUCGCAUGCCCGAGACGCAGCGUGCCACCGUCAAUCUCCUCGUCUGGGUCAUGCAGGAUCCCUCGGCUCGUAAACAGACGCAAGAGCUGGCCGGUUCCAUCGUGGGUUGGCUGGCUCAGGAUCCGACCACGCAAACCAACUUGGCCAAGCUGGUCAUUGACGUCCUGCGCCGUGACGACACCCAGGCGGCCGUCUCACAAAUGGCCAAGCGCGUUUUGGAUGACCCAGUGACUCGCAUGCAAGCCGCGCAGAUGGUUGCCGAUCUCAUGGAGUUUGAAGUGGUGCGCCGCAAGAGCGUUGAACUUGGCGUCUAUACUUCCCACGGUGUCCUUGAUGACCAGGGCAUUCAUGAUCAUACCGUCGACUUUCUCACCGCUACCCUGGGUGACCCUGCGCUGCAAAAGUCUGGAGGCCAAGCCAUCUGGAAAGCCGUGGGCUACAGCGUCAUGCCCUCCUUCCGCCUUUGGCCCCAAUGGGGAAGCGGCAACUUGGCCACACAGGCCGCUUCUCAAAACAAGCUCGAAGCAAGCAAGCCCUCGGCGUGA